UGGCGAUUGGGGGGGAUGUUUGCGGGGGGGGGGCUCCAUGUUCAGAUCUGGCCCUGCGGGAGCAUUGGGGGUUGGAGCUGGGACUGUCUGAAGUUGGCUGCUUGGGAUGUGAGCGGAGCCCCCCCCCCGGGGGACGUGGGGCGCUGGGGGUCGGUCUGCACCCAGCCGGGGGGCCCUGCGUUUCCUCGGGAAAAGCUGGAGCUGCCACAGAAGCAUCGGGCCCCUCCGGGCAAAGAGAGAGAAGCCGCCAAAGCCGAGGAGCAGCGGCAAAGCCAGGAGCUGCUGAGCCAGAUGGCAGCCGAGAGGGAGAAGAUGGUCUGGGAGUGGCAGGAGCUGCGAGGGUUUCUGGCGGAGCAGGAGCAGCGGCUGCUGUCCCGGCUGGAAGAGCUGGAGAGAGCCAUUGUCCAGAGAAGGGAUGCGGGCGUCUGCCGAGGAUCCCGGGAGAUUUCCCUGCUCGGGGAGCGGGGAGGAGAGAAGGGGCAGCCGCCGCUGAGCCAACCCCUGCAGGGUGCUGGGAGCACUGGGGGCAGCAGGGAGGACGGGGCGUUUCGGGAGCCGGAGCCGGGGUUUGCGGAGCUGGAGAGGAGACUCAGCGAUUUCUCUCUGACAAGUGCCGUCCUGCAGCAGAUGCUACGCGGAUUCAAAGAGAUGCUGCGACUGGAGCUGGGGAGCGACACAGGUGGCAGAGUAAUACGCACCUUUGGCUCCAGAUUGUCCCAGCCUCUCACGGGACGGGGAAGGGGACUGGCUGUCGUGGAGCCAGUCCAGGGGCCGGUGACCUUCGAGGAGGUGGCGGUGUAUUUCACCAGGGAAGAGUGGGCUCUGCUGGACCCCCGUCAAAGAGCCCUCUGCAGAGACGUCAUGCAGGAGAACUACGAGAAUGUGACCUCGCUGGCUGGUGAUGCAAUGGUGUGUGAGAAAGAAGAGCAGAAUUCUCAGCAGGAAGAUGUUGAGCAAGUGGAUAAACACAGAGCAUUAUCGCAAAGAUCGGAAAGGAAUGAGUCCAGGAGUCAUGAGCAGGGAAAAUCCUGUGAGAAUGUGCACAGACCAGAAAAAGAGCAGGGAAACCAACCAGGAGAGAAAGUGGAUAAAUGUAUUUCCUGUCGGGGAACUCAGAAGGACCUGAAGGAAACCACAACACAGCAGGAAAUCCUCAGGAGAAAGAGAAAAAAUACAUGUACUGAGUGCGGGGAAAACUUAUGUGACUGUUCAGCCCUUAUAAAGCACCAGAGAAUCCACACAGGUGAGAAACCAUGUGAAUGCAGUGAGUGUGGGAAUAUCUUCAAUUGCAGCUCAAACCUUAUUACCCAUAAGAGAAUCCACACAGGGGAGAGGCCCUUUAAAUGCCGUGACUGUGGAAAAUGCUUCACUAAGAGCUCUGCCCUUUCUGAACAUCAGAGAAUCCACACAGGGGAGAGGCCCUAUGAAUGCCGUGAGUGUGGGAAACGCUUCACUAACACCUCAGCCCUUUCUGAACAUCAGAGAGUCCACACAGGGGAGAGGCCCUAUGAAUGCCGUGAGUGUGGGAAAAGCUUCACUAAGAGCUCAGCCCUUUCUGAACAUCAGAGAGUCCACACAGGGGAGAGGCCCUAUGAAUGUAGUGAGUGUGGGAAAAGCUUCACUAAGAGCUCAGCCCUUUCUGAACAUCAGAGAAUCCACACAGGGGAGAGGCCCUAUGAAUGCCGUGAGUGUGCAAAAACCUUCAAUCACAGCUCACACCUUAUUAAUCAUCAGAGAAUCCACACAGGGGAGAGGCCCUAUGAAUGCCGUGAGUGUGGGAAAAGCUUCACUAAGAGCUCAGCCCUUUCUGAACAUCAGAGAAUCCACACAGGGGAGAAGCCCUAUGAAUGCAGUGAGUGUGGGAAAACCUUCAAUCGCACCUCAAACCUUAUUACCCAUCAGAGAAUCCACACAGGAGAGAGGCCCUAUAAAUGUUGUGAGUGUGGGAAAACCUUCACUAGCAGAUCAGCACUUUCUAAACAUCAGAGAAUCCACACUGGGGAGAGGCCCUUUGAAUGCCGUGAGUGUGGGAAAUGCUUCACUAACACCUCAGCCCUUUCUAAACAUCAGAGAAUCCACACCGGGGAGAGGCCCCAUGAAUGCCGUGAGUGUGGGAAUACCUUCUCUUGGCACUCAGCCCAUGUUAGCCAUCAGAGAAUCUGCAAGGGGGGAUCAACACCGUAAAAACCUCUAGGGCUGUCCGUACUUUCUUUUUUUUAAUAUUUUUCCUGAUUCCCAAAAAGUAACUUUUAAGCUCUUUGAACUGUUUGCAGCACCAUUAUCCCUCAGCUUGUCCAGAUGAGUGGUCCAUUUUUGCCUUUUGCAGUUCGCCCUGUUUUGAGGUUGACACAUUGGUUCUUUCUAUCAACUCAGUUGUUCCAUGAGUAAUUCGAGUGGGCCCUUCCUACCAGGGAACCAGGAAGCAUCACAUUUAUACCAUUCCUCCUAUUCCAGUUAUUGUUAGAGUCACCAAUGAUACAAAUUGUAACAUUGCCAGUUGUUCUCACAUUGCUCUGGGUUCUGCUGAAGAACAGUUAUAUUGGGAACUUUUCAGAUUAUAUUUAAAUGAAGAGGAGCAGGGGCAGGAAAAGAAGUGUCAUUUCAGCCUCUGUGACACUGCAAGGAGAUGGAGUGACUCAGAGAUUCCCUCCUUCCCCAUCACUGCAGAACGGUUACCUUUUGUCUGAGCCAUGCAGACUGUAUCUUCAUCACAUUCUAUCCCUCGACUUCUCAAAGUGUCAUGUGAUGAAGUGUUCUCAGUUGUCUGUGCUUGGAGAUGAUGCUUUGACUUCUUUAAUCCUAUAUCAGAGUCACUAUGACUGGAGAUGAAAGUAUCAAAGACCUGGAAGGGGAAUUCAGAUGGAUCCCAAACACACUGUGAUCAUUUGGAGUUUAAAUCCCAGGUACCAUCUAUUGGUAAAACUUCUUCUGGCAAGGUGGCUGUUCCCCCCCCCCCCCCAUUAUGGGGGAUGCUAGGAUACUAAAAAUUUUGUAAAUAACAUAACUGACUAUUGAGACAGUGCUGAGUGAGGUAUGUUUGAAUGGAUCAGAGGAGAAUGUGAUGGGAGAAUCUCUAGUCCUGAUUCUGAAUAAUCAGAUGUAACCUGCUCUGGAAUUUCACUUGACACUUUCAUUGUCAUGUAUUCUAUCUCUCUGUGAUGUGGGUUUCUAUCUUUCCUGAAGGCUGUUUGGUCACCCAAUUGGAUAUUAGUUGAGUUUGAUAGGCUAUAACUCAGAUUUAUUGGAGAAUUUAAGACAAAUGACCAUUUGCUAACGUCAUCAUUUCUCACUUCAGCCUUGCUUUUUCCCCAUCCCUCCAUGAUGACAUGGAGACAGUUCAAGUGCAGUUCUGUCAACAGGAGAGAACGCUCCAAUUUACUGGACAUGCUAACAAAGAAAAAAUGGUGAUUUAAAAUCUCCGCUCGGAAACGGUGAACAACAGCAGAACCCCAACUAACAGAAGGAAGUGCAUAUGAUCACAGUGUCGUUCAAUUGUUUAAGGCAAUAUUGUCUCAGAUGAUCUGGGGAGAAAAUUCCAUGCUAAGUGAUUUUGAACUAGGCAAAAUGCCCUUGUAUUUGGUUCCCAAAGUAUGUGUAACCCAGGCCCUACAGAAGAUGUCUCCUAGUUAAUUCUGUGGCAUAGGGAAUGGUCCUCUUCAUGAUGCAGAUGUUGAGGAAAUAGAAGUGGGGUUUUUGUUGAAUUUAUCCUUUAUAGGUGCUAAAAAUGUUUAUAAAAUGAAAGCAGUGUGGGAAAUCUAAUAGCUUUAGAAAAAUAGCUAUUUUUGAAUAGAAACUCCAGCUCUGGUAACUAACAGAGAUUCUGAUCCAGCCUGUAUCCAAUCCCUUGCCUGGAACUGUGCCACCAAAUUAAAGAAAAGCUGGGUAUGGUUUGGGAAGCCAUUCCUCAUGAACACUACUGAGAUUUUGAGUGGUUUUGUAAAGGAUUCUAUUUCAGAGAAGUGUAAAUUUACCCUCCCCAAGGCCAAGGAUUUGGAAAGAAUUGGGUUGAAAGUGUACACACUCAGUUCUUUGUUUCCACCCCAGUAAAGGAAGCACUGGUGA